AUGCAAAGCACUCCACAACAACAAUAUUUAACACCGAUCCAACAACGAAGACAGUCUGUUAUUACUUCAUAUCCACAAUUGAAACAACUACCACCACCACAGAUACGGAAAAUCAAUAACAAGAAUGAAUUGAAACCUAUUAGGAACAAAAUCCCAAAAUAUAGAAGGGCCUCAAUGGGGUCUAACUAUAUAUCUCCACUAUUAUCAUUAACUACUGAUUUGACAACAACUUAUUCCUUAUGUGAUGGUGAUUUCAAUUAUGAAGUUUCAAAGAACCCCAAGAGAGUAUUGACAAAGCCAAGUGAAGGUAAAUCGAAUAAUGGAUGUGAUAAUGAAGAUAAUGAUUAUAUAUUGUAUGUGAAUGAUGUUUUAGGAGGUCAAGAGAAUAGGAAAUAUUUAGUCUUGGAUAUAUUGGGACAUGGUACAUUUGCACAAGUUGUCAAGUGUCAAAACUUGAAGACUAAAGAAAUGGUUGCCGUUAAGGUUGUUAAUUCAAAACCGGCUUUUAUAAAUCAAUCAUUAUCAGAAAUUUCUAUAUUGGAGUUGAUCAAUAGGAAAAUUGAUCCAAUGGAUAAGCAUCAUUUUUUACAAUUGAAGGAUAAAUUCAUCCAUAAAAAUCAUUUAUGUCUAGUUUUUGAAUUAUUAUCAUCAAAUCUAUUUGAAUUGAUUAAACAAAAUCAAUAUAAAGGAUUAAGCACAAAAUUGGUUAGAAGCUUCACAAGACAAUUAUUGGAUUCGUUAUGUGUUUUGAAAGAAUCUAAAAUCAUUCAUUGUGAUUUGAAACCCGAGAAUAUUUUGUUGAUUGCACCAGAUAAGCCUGAUAUCAAAGUUGUUGAUUUUGGUUCUGCAUGUCAAGAACGUCAAACUUUAUACACUUAUAUCCAAUCAAGAUUUUAUAGAUCACCAGAAGUGAUCUUGGGAUUGCCAUAUACAUCAUCAAUAGAUACAUGGUCAUUAGGAUGUAUUAUUGCUGAGUUAUUUUUAGGUUUACCUUUAUUUCCAGGUUCUUCAGAAUAUGAUCAGAUUGUUAAAAUCACAUCUAUUUUAGGAAUGCCACCAACAUGGAUGAUUGAAAUGGGUAAAAAUGCUAAAAAUUUCUUGGAGAAGGAUGAAUUCACUCAAAAUUUUAAAAUCAAAUCAAUUGAAAAAUAUAGUGCAGAAAGACAAGUUAAUGAAACUCCUGGUAAGAAUUAUUUAAAAUCAAAUGAUUUAGAAGAAUUGAUUAUGAAGUAUACUCUUCAUAACAAGAGAACAAUGACAACUUCAAUGAUUGAAAAAGAACAAAAUGAUCGUGCUUCAUUAGUGAAUUUAUUACGUGGGUUGUUAAAUUUGAAUCCUUUGGAAAGAUGGACACCUCAACAAGCUAUCUUACAUCCUUUUAUAACUGAACAGAAAUUUACAGGUGAAUGGAAUCCACCAGGUACAGGUUUAAGAAAUAUCAAUGCAACUAAUAAUGAGAAUAAUGGUGAUUUUAAUGAUAUGAAGACAAGCGCAAAAAGUGGUAACAAAUGGUAUAAAUAG